CGGAGUGUACUUGAACGCAACAUGAUAAAUUCUGACAUUUCUCCUACUCGGUCGUAGGACCACCGUUAAACAUGUUUAGUAUGGCGGAGUGGGAUCCACCUGCCAAGGAACAGAGCUCCUGGUUAUUAAGUUGGCUGCCAUCAUGGUGCCCCACUUCCCUCACUCAGCUUAAAGAUGCAGAGGAGAAAAUGCUGAAAAGUGUCAAGCAGCCUUUCUCCAGACAGCAUGUCCGCAUCUCCAACGGAAACUACCUGUGGACCAUCGCCUUCCAGCCACCCUCCAUUCCACAGUCCAGGCCUCCUCUGGUUUUGCUGCACGGCUUUGGCGGCGGCGUGGCCCUGUGGACUCAAAAUCUGGACUCACUCUCCAGCGGCGGUGCCGUCUACGCCGUGGACUUGCUGGGCUUCGGCCGAAGCAGCCGGCCGCUGUUCAGCGGUGAGCCCGAGGGGGCCGAGGAGCAGUUUGUGGACGCGCUGGAGGAAUGGAGGGAGAAGCUGGGCCUGCAGGAAAUGCUGCUGCUGGGACACAACCUGGGAGGAUAUUUAUCUGCUGCCUAUACUCUCAGAUACCCAAACAGGGUAAAACAUUUGCUGCUGGUAGAGCCAUGGGGGUUCCCCGCCCGUCCUGAGAACCCGCACCAUAACUCCAUCCCAGUGUGGAUCAGAGCCAUGGGGGCCGUCAUGAGCCCCUUCAACCCGCUAGCUGGCCUCAGGCUAGCCGGGCCUUUAGGUCCGACGCUGGUCCAAACAAUCAGAUCUGACUUCAAGCAGAAGUACUCCUCCAUUUUUGAUGACAACACCGUGUCCAACUACAUCUACCAUCUCAAUGCUCAGACUCCCAGCGGCGAAACAGCGUUCAAGAACAUGACCAUCCCGUACGGCUGGGCGAAGCGGCCCAUGUUGGAGCGCAUCGGACAAGUUCAGGCGGGAAUUCCCAUUUCUUUUAUUUACGGCUCGCGAUCAAGCAUCGACAGCGCCUCAGGAUAUGCCUUCAAGAAAACCAGGCCGGAGGUUGGAAUCACGGUCAUUCGAGGAGCGGGCCAUUACGUUUUUGCCGAUCAGCCUGAAGACUUCAACCAAACAGUCCACAGCAUCCUCUCCAGAACCAGCUCAGACUUUGACCUGAAACCAUGACAUUUUUUUUUUUUUUUUUUUAUAAACCUCACCACUAAACAGGGACCACUAAACCAUUUAAGUUUCUCUUUCACGCACUUUACCGACCGGAGACGCUCGUCUGCCACUCGGGAUAAACUCUCCCUUGGCCUCCGAGGAUUGCGUCAAAAAGCUGGUGUGAAUAAUGCGAUCACGUGCCUUUGGGAAAAGAUGUGGGGCAACUCUUAUCUGGAUGUGGAAAGACAAUUCUCCCAAGUGGACAUCUUGUUCGGAGCACGGAUCUAUACAGAAUGUUCUGGCAGAUACGAGGGAAAAAGUAAAUAGGACAAAGGGCAACUGCUCGCCUGUGUGUGUGUGUGUAUGUGUGUGUUGGUUCUAGGAAUCCUCUCCUAACCUAACCAGUAGGUGUCAGCACAGCACACUGCCUCAACUGGUUUGUUACACAGUCCAUGAUCCUCUAGAAGUUGCUGGGUUUUUUUUUUUAGGAGGUUGGAAUUCUACAAAAAAAAAGUACACACACACACACAAUCUGUUGCCUAAAAUGUGCAGCAGUAUAUGAGGUGUGUCAGAAAAACUCCAGGACAGGAGUCACAAAAGAUGUACAGUGGCGAUAUAUAAAAAGUCUACACACCCCUGUUAGUAAAGGUUUUUGUAAAAA